AUGCGGAUUACUUUGAGCACUAACGAUCCAGUAAUGGCGUUCACUCAACCAGGAAAGGUGUUUUGCGUCCUUGAAUUUGCAAAAACUGGAUCAUGGACACUUGUUCAACAUGCAUUUCCCAGUAGCAAGCAAGCGCUUUCAUUCUCACUGCCUAUCUCUCGCCCCCCCCCCUCUCUCUCUCUCUCUCUCUCUCUCAGUUCUCUGUCUGUUUGUCUUUCUUUCUUUCUUUCUUUCUUUCUUUCUUUCUUUCUUUCUUUAUGUUUCUUCUCUCUCUCUUUCUCGCACGCUGUGUCUCUCUCAACUCUCUGGAAAAGUUAUGAAGACACAGAUUUGGAUUCGCUUCUACUUUGUAGGGGUUUGAGAGGGAACCAAUCACUCUCUCUCUCUCUCUCUCUCUCUCUCUCUCUCUCUCUCUCUCUCUCUCUCUCUCUCAUACACACACACACACACUCUCUCUCUCACUCUCUCUCUAACUCUCUCUCAUCUCUCUCCCUCUCUCUCACUAUCUCUUUCUCACUCUCUCUCGCUCUCUCUCUCACUCUCUCAAACUAUAAUUUUUCAUCGCGUUUAGGAUUUCUUAUUGGGAAAUGGCCAACCAUUCUGCUCAGAGUUUUAUUGAAAUCCUAUAUCUUAUAUUUGCGCUUUCUGUUAAAAUGCUUAUUUCUCUCUCUCUCUCUCUCUCUCUCUCUCUCUCUCUCUAUCUAUCUAUCUAUCUAUCUAUCUACCUACCUAAACUUUUAUUUCUAUACUUCUCUCAACUAA